UUACCUCCGCUCCUGGUUCUGGACGACCGAAAUGGAGUUGACACUCAUCGGCCUCCAAAACUCCGGCAAAACAACACUGUUGACAGUCCUCUCCGGCGGCGAGUUCACCGAAGACACCAUCCCAACGGUCGGGUUCAACAUGCGAAAGGUCUCCAAAGGAUCCGUGACACUGAAAUGCUGGGAUCUCGGCGGCCAACCCCGCUUCCGCUCAAUGUGGGAACGCUAUUGCCGCGGCGUCUCCUCCAUCGUAUUCAUCCUCGACGCCUCCGACCCCUCCAAAAUCUCCACUUCCCGAACUGAAUUGCACUCCCUCCUCGCACUGCCAACACUCGCCUCUAUACCCCUUCUGGUGUUGGCUAAUAAGAAUGAUUUGAGGAAUGUGGAGGGACAUGAUGUGAUGAGUGUUGAUGAUGUUAUUGAGCAGAUGGAGUUGGGGAGGGUGGAGGGGAGGGAGUGUAGUUGUUAUGCGGUCAGUGCGAAGACGGGGGAGAAUUUGGAUGCGGUUAUGGGGUGGUUGGUUGCGAGGGCGAAGAACGCGAAGCGAUGAUGCCGGAGACAUGUUCGGUUAUGGACAAGCUGAGAUGACUUUGCCCUGAGAUUUCGUAUGGGAUGUUACAGCCAUGAGGG